UCCUCCCAGACGCCACGCGAUUGGUCAAAUCAUCUGUCCAUUAAACGGUAUGGGUACAACACUUCCUGAUGUCGAUGUCGAUGCCCAGCUGUUGGCAGAUGACCCGCAUCUCCAGCAUCCGAUAACAUCGUCUCUUCACACAGGACUGCCCUCACUGUUUCUCAUCAUACCUGCUCAAACACGGCCAUGUGUGGAGCGGAAUAAAUAAAAAGGCUUAAAUUACCCAGUGGAUGAGAGUGAAUCCUUUCAAAUUUGAUUUUUAUUUUUUAUUUUAUGUCCUUAAGGUCGUGCUGCAGUACAGCGACGUAAGCUUCGCGUUGGCCGGCGCGUGCAUCUCAACAGCGGGGACGAGGGCAGUGGCAUAUUUUCAUUGACAUUAUUACUAAAGAACCACUGCUUGGGAUGGCCUUCACCAACACUACCAUGCAGAUAUUAGCCAUGUGAAAGAUCUGGAAAAACAAAAUGGGGAUGGCUGAGAGGUCGUGUGUGGCGGUGAGCAGCUGAGGUCGGCUGUGAUCUGGGUCUUCUCUUCUGACUGAGAGCAUGUACAGGAGGAAUGGACUCCCUGCCAGCGUCAGCAUCACCUCCCGCCACACACAGGACAGCAGUAGUUCAGAGUCCCUGGAUGGACGGAGUUUGGACUCUGCCAAGAGCUUUGACGCGGUGGUGUUUGACAUGCUCAAAGUGACACCCGAGGAGUUUGCUAGUCAGAUCACUUUGAUGGACGCUCCUGUAUUCAAAGCGAUACAGCCUGAGGAGCUGGCAAGCUGUGGAUGGAACAAGAAGGAGAAGCAUAGCCUGUCACCCAAUGUUGUGGCCUUCACACGGAGAUUUAACCAGGUUAGUUUCUGGGCAGUGAGGGAGAUAUUGACGGCUCAAACAUUGAAAAUCCGAGCAGAAAUAUUGGGCCACUUCAUCAAAAUUGCCAAGAAACUCCUGGAGCUGAAUAACCUCCACUCUCUGGUGUCGGUGGUCUCUGCUCUUCAAAGCGCUCCUAUCUUCAGAUUGAGCAAGACCUGGGCACUGAUCAGUCGAAAGGACAAGGCCACCUUUGAGAAGCUCGACUUCCUGACGUCAAAAGAAGAGAACUACAACCGCAUGAGAGAGUACACCAGGUCCCUCAAAAUGGCCCCCUGCAUCCCCUAUCUAGGAAUUUACCUGUUUGACAUGACCUACAUUGACUCCGCCUACCCUGCUUCUGACAGCAUCAUCGAGACUGAGCAAAGAACCAAUCAGAUGAACAAUCUACUUCGCAUCAUCUCUGAUCUACAGGUGUCCUGUAACUAUGAUCAUAUAGUCAUGUUACCACACGUGCAGAAGUAUUUGAUGUCAGUGCGCUACAUCGAGGAGCUCCAAAAGUUUGUGGAGGAUGACAAUUACACUGGUAUUCUUGUUUACCAGGCCGGACCUUCAGAAGAGUCUGUCUCAGUGCGGUAUAACAGACGACCAACCUGUCCUGAUACAUCAGUGGCUGCCCACCUUCCAACACCCUCUCUUGCCCGACACAGGAAGAGCCACAGUCUGGGGAACAAUAUGAUGUGCCAGUACGGUGUGGUGGAGAGUAAAAGUGCCACAUUCCCUGCAAAAGAAAAAGCUCGACACCUACUGGACGACAGCUUCUUAGAGUCUCACAGCCCUGUCAGAAACCACACACAUGAUUCAGUAUUUACCAACGGCAUCACAGUUGGUAGUAGAGAGAGCUCUUUUAGUGAUGAAUUAUCAAGUACAGUUGAGAGAGGACGUAUGUAUGCCACACUUGGUCCAAACUGGCGAGUCCCAGUCUGUAACUCUCCCAGAAGUAGAAGUUAUAUUUAUAGCACCCCAGGGGCAGUUUCCAGCUAUGAAUGCAGUUCUCUGAGCAGUAUAACCAUUGAAGGACCCCUGCGAAGAAAGACACUGCUGAAGGAGGGGAAAAAACCCACUCUCUCAUCCUGGAAGCGCUACUGGAUUGUCCUGUCUGGCUCCAUUCUCAUCUAUUUUGGUUCUAAAGCUCUAAGAGCAAAUGAGCGAAGACAUUAUAAAUCCAGGCCAUGUAAAAAGAUCACACUUACAGGUUGGAUGGUGGUUCUUCCAGAAAACCCUGAACAUCCAAACAUUUUCCAGCUCACUGAUCCUGAAAGAGGUAAUGUUUACAAGUUCCAGACUGGAUCACGUUUCUCUGCCAUUAUCUGGCACAGACAUUUAGCCGAGGCAUGCAGGAGUACAAGACCACAGAUACCAGCGAACCUCAUGUCCUUUGAAUAGCUGCUUUUUGGGAAUUUGAAUACAGAUGAAGGGAAUAAACUUAAUGGAGAAAGACAUUGCAGAAGAGUUUAUGCCAGGUGCCAGCAUGUUGGACCUAACAUAGUGUCAUAAAUGUGGCAGCUCUACAGUCCAAAAUAUUGUAGAUACAGCUGCACUGAGAGAGGAUGGUUUUGUGUCUUCAGUUUAGUGAUAAUACUUUACAAUAAGGUUCAAUUUGUUAACAUGAGAAAACGAAUAGUCCACUCAAGAAUGAAAUAUAUACACCCUCAGGCCAGUCUAAGAUUUACAGUAGAUAAGUUUUUUUUUUUUAGAACAGAUUUGAAAAAUUUGCAUCACAUCACUUUUUCAGCAAUGCAUUCUCUGUAAUGAAUGGGUGCUGCUUCUGGCCAAAAUACCAGUUUAUAAUCCAUAAUAACACUGUAGUGAAAAUGUCCUUCCCAUGUUUAGAAAUGUAAACAGCACUUGAUCUAAGCAUAGUUCUAUUCUGAUUCAGAAUGUUUCACUGAAAAAGCAAUAUCAUGGCUAGAGGACUCAUAUUUUAGCUGGAAGAAAGUUAAUGUUUUUUUAAAAACGUCU